AUGGAUGAACUGAAAAACCAACGACAAAACGGCUCCCACAGUCUCAUUCUCUUCUCUCUUUCAACCCACCUAUUCUCGAGGCUUCUCCUCUUGCUCACGGUGCUGCCACUCACGUUAGCUUCCUUCGCCUUCGUUCUCCAAUGGCGCGGCGGAGUCACCGACCCUCUCUCCCGCUGGUCCCCCGAUCAGCCUGACUUCCCCGGUAUGUCGUCCGACGCCGACGGAGGAGCCAACUCCCAUCCCGCCGGAACCUCCCACCUCCAAAGCGCCAGCUCCGACUGCGCCACCAUCCUCCUUGGCCACUCCUCCAAUAAACACCCUUCCUUUCCGUACUUCCGCGACUGGAAGCUCGAUUACUCCUCCGAUCUCAGGCCCAAGAUAUGCAUAACAACGAGUACUUCAGCUGGUUUGGAACAGACUCUGCCAUGGAUCUUCUAUCACAAGGUCAUUGGAGUUUCCUCUUUCCUCCUUUUCGUGGAAGGGAAGGCUGCAUCACCUAAUGUAUCUAGAGUCCUCGAAAGCAUUCCUGGGGUUAAAGUUAUAUAUAGAACUAGAGAGUUAGAAGAACAGCAAGCUAAAAGUCGAAUAUGGAAUGAGACUUGGUUGGCUAGCUUCUUCUACAAACCAUGCAACUAUGAGUUGUUUGUGAAGCAAUCUUUGAACAUGGAAAUGGCUAUUGUCAUGGCAAGGGUAUGGUUUGUUUUCCUUGUGCUGAAUUAUUAUCUCUAUAUAAGUUACUCUUUAAGACAGUUGCUAUCUGAUGUUCCUGGAAAUGUUGAUAUGGUUAUUUUUCCAAAUUAUGAGAGCAGUGUUGAGCGAGAUGAUAUCAAGGAGCCUUUUAGCGAGGUUUCAAUGUUCAAGAAGAACUAUGACCACCUUCCAAAGGAUGUAUAUUUUGGAAAUUACAAAGAAGCAACUCGUGGCAAUCCAAACUAUUUUCUUACUUAUGGAAACGGGAAAGCUGCUGCUAGGGUUCAGGAUCAUCUCCGUCCAAAUGGUGCUCACAGAUGGCACAACUAUAUGAAGACACCUAAUGAGAUCAAGUUGGAUGAAGCAGCUGUUCUGCAUUACACAUACCCCAAAUUUUCCGAUUUGACCUCAAGACGUGAUCGGUGUGGCUGCAAGCCAACUAAAGAAGAUGUUAAAAGAUGCUUCAUGUUGGAUUUUGACAGAGCUGCAUUCAUAAUUGCUUCAACUGCAACCGAAGAGGAGAUGCUUCAGUGGUAUCGCGAACGCGUUGUGUGGACAGACAAAACACUAAACCUGAAGCUUUUGAGGAAGGGCAUCCUGACUCGCAUUUACUCUCCCAUGGUUAUCAUUCAGAGUUUGAGGGAAUCCGGAGUUUUUCGUUCUGUGAUCGCGAAAGCAGCCGAAACAACACUAUCAAAGGACAACUUUUUAAAAUCUGUUGAUAGUAACAACUCAACUAGGAAUGGCAGAUCAGAAAACAUUUUUUCUAGAAAAUUCGAUGCAAAUGGAGUAUCCCAAUCAACUGCAAGAAGAAUUUUGGAAGUCAUAGAUGAUGGCUUAACCCCUUCGGCAGUACCGCCAUUAUCUCCACCCAGACUUGAUCACUCUAACCCCAUUACAUCUUCAUAGUUUUUUUCAAAAAAAAAAAAAUUUCCUGACUCCUUACCAUUGUCAGAACUUUUAAGGAGGAUUUAUACUUGAAUUGUGGCUAUUAAGGUGAGCCAUUCAGUUUUUUUGGAUUCUUGGAAAUUUUUUCCGAUCAUUUAUCCAAGCGCUAGUGUAAAUUUCAGGUUUAGAUUUUUAGGCAUAGUAUAGGAAUCACACACAAAUUUUGUUAGCAAUAUCUUCAUGAUUCUUUUCUUCCUUUUUCCCUUUUAUUUUUUAGAGACUUGAAUUGAGCCAUAUUGGCUGUGGUCUUGAUGGAAAAUAGUGGCUUGUUGAAACUCUUCCACACAUUGGAAAACAAUAUUAUACUGAUCAAUAUUUUCUUCUCCCAGUUGGAGACUGAAAUGAUUGAUGAAAGUGAGAAAAAUUGUGAAUGGUGGUAUUGCCAAUCAUUUAUAGUUCAA